AUGGCAGAGGGUCAAAACUCAAUUGUUGCCUUCUGUCUUGGAAGCUUCCAUAAAAAGACGAUUUGCCAGCCGGGCCUCGGCCUCGGCUCGGAUGGUGGAUAUCGCCUGGUCGCAGCAACCGUUGUCUACCGUAUGAUCGUAUGUCAUCGAUUAGCAGAGCACCUAAGCCACUGGAGGCGGAAAAUUUCGACUCAACUUAGCCCGAGUGUGCCCGGGGAAACCUCGGAAGCUAGUGUGGUGAGGUGUAGGACGAACAAGCAACGUCGAACAGAGCGAUCAACGGUGCCUACUGCUCGGAAUGUAGGCAACUCAAUCGCCGUAUUGGAUAAGAUUGAAGCAUCAGCGGUUGAACUCUGUUUCUGCGGCGGAGACUUCGACCUCUGUCCAGCUGGAAAAGACUUUGGAACUAUGAUAUCUUCUGAGAGAACCCGAGUUAUUCCUCUUUCUGGCACCGCCGCCAGACAACAAUCUACCAUUCCAUGCCGUAAUUCCGUCCACUGCUCUUCAGCUGGUCCCGAAUUUACAUAAUCCGCUUCCGACUUGCCCUGGAUAGUCCGACAUCUCCACAACUUGUCCGUGGCAGUUAGCAGGCCGAACCACGAAUGGCUUUGAGGGGUAGGAAGCAAUGAUAUUAAAUGCGUUAACGACUCGGGCUUCCACAGAAUAUUCCCUAC